AUAACCUACCAAUCAUAAUAACACAUAUUCAAUUUAACACAAACUUUCAAAAUAGAUCUACAAAACAAAACACAUAACACAAACCAAAACCUAUCACAAAAACCAAAAUGGCCACUACAACAUUAGUAGUAGCCAUUGUUUCUUUAAUCUUUGCAUCACUCUCAUUUCAUGGAGAUGGAGUAUCUGCUGCUGCUUUGGCUCAAUCUCCGGCACCGGAAACCGCAGUUUUAGCGCCAUCACCGGCAGAUGAUGGAUGCUUGAUGGCUCUAACAAAUAUGUCAGAUUGUUUAACAUUUGUGGAAGAUGGGAGUAAGUUGACAAAACCAGACAAAGGAUGUUGUCCUGAGUUAGCAGGGUUGAUUGAUGGUAACCCUAUUUGUUUGUGUAAGCUGUUAGGUAGUAACACUGCUGAUUCUUUUGGUAUCAAGAUUAAUGUUAAUAAAGCUCUUAAGCUUCCAACUAUUUGUGGUGUUACUACUCCUCCUGUUAGUGCUUGUUCAGCUAUUGGAGUUCCUGUGUCUUUGCCUCCAUCAUUGAGUGGAGAUGCUAUGUCACCAAAUAUGGCAAUGUCACCAAAAGGAUUAGCCCUAAGUCCUUCAACUUCAUCUGAUAGUUCAGGUGUUCUAAGCCCUUCUGGAAGCAAAAUUGGAGGAGCCUCAAGCAUUCAAGCCUCUGCAUUGACUCUCAUUUUUGCACUGUCCACUCUCUCUGUCACCAUAUUCUUCUGAUUUUACAGUUCACAUUUAUCCUAUGUGUCAUUAGUUUCAUAUAUCUUAAUUUCACUUCCUUUUUGUGUAUUGAGUGCUUUGCUUUAGUGGAAUAUUACACACUUUAAUUAGGACCUACAUCACAACACUACCGAGCUCUUCAUUCUUGGUGAUGUGCUAUUUAUUCUUAUUUUUUCUUCCCAACUACAUUCUUGCUAUAUCUGUAAUAAUAUUUUAUUUCAAUAUGACAUUUCAUUUGUCGAUGAUUUAAA